GUUUCAAUCGUAAUGUCUAAAAUUUACGUGUUAUUAAUUUUUGCUUUUGGCUUAGCAUUCGCAUUUGCGCUUAUCGCUGAAAGAAAUGCGGAUGAACUAUGCGUAAGAGGCGAUGCUAAACCGGGAUAUUGUAUGCGCCUAAGGAACUGUUCGUUCGUCAAAGAAUUGGUCAACAAAAAACAAAUAACAAAAGCUGAUAGAACUUACGUCAGACAAUCAAAGUGCCCUUCAAGAAGAAAUAAUACUAGGUAUGUGUGCUGUGAAGAAAAAGAAAAGAUUGACCAGGCAAUUGAUAAUCUGUAUAAGGAGGAUUGCGGUAGAUUUGAAACAGAAUUGAUAAAUAAUGGUCAUGAAAUUCAAUUAAUGUCGAGGCCGUGGAUGGCUCUUCUUUACUUUAAAACCGAAGAUGGAAUUAAAGGAUUCACAUGCGGCGGUACUCUGAUAAACAAACGUUACGUGUUAACAGCUGCUCAUUGUUUCCACAAGCAAGAACUAUUAUCAGUGCGCUUGGGAGAACACAAUAUAAAAAAGGAAAUAGAUUGCAAAGGAUUGAAUUUUUGUGCACCACCAGUUGAGGAUAUUAACAUUGAACGCAUUUUUGUGCAUGAAAAAUAUUCGAAUCGAACUCAUCACUAUGAUAUUGCUCUAGUGAAAUUGUCGAGAGACGUCGUAUUCAAAAGGAGUAUUUCGCCUAUUUGUCUGCCCACGAGCAAGAUUCUUCAACAAAAACUUAACAAUAUAACAAAAUUCUAUGUGACUGGUUGGGGAAAAACUGAAUUCGCUGAUUUCUCUGAUACUCCCAUGGAAACCUCAAUAAAUCGAACAGAUCUCGUAGUAUGCCGAAACAGUUUUCGGGGUCGACGAAUCGAUUCAACACAUAUAUGCGCUGGUGGCAGUCAAGGGGACUCCUGCAAUGGCGACUCUGGAGGUCCAUUAUCGUAUAUCGUGUAUUUUAAGGAUUCUCAACGGUUUGUGCAGUAUGGAGUGGUCAGUUUUGGAUCUCAUAAUUGCAGUAAUGCGCUUCCGGGUGUCUACACAAACGUUAAAAGUUACAUGCGGUGGAUCGCUUACAAGAUUGCUACCAAAUGAACUAAACAGACAAACCAAAAUUUGAUAUAGUUAAUGAAGCUUAUCAACACAUAUUGCGCAUAUGAUUCAUAAUAAAUGAUUGCAUUGGGUCU